AUGAAGGAACUGAGUGUGCCGGGACCCCGCGCAUCGAAGCAACUUGCAAUAGAUGCACCGCGCGCUUUCAUUUCUGGUCGGAACGUCAGAGUGCUCUGGGCAUUGCCCAAGGAUCAUCCAGAUUUGGACGAAAUUGUCGAAUUUCAAAUUAAAUUACGAGCUGGAAAUGGCGAAAAAGAAUGGAUUCUGAGUGAUGUAGUUGAUGGCCAUGUGCGUGCUGUUACAGUAAAAGCACUGCUCCCCCAAAAUAGGUACCAAUUUCGAGUUUUAGCAAAGAUGAAGGACCAAAGCGUUAUAUUCAGUCCACCCACCGACUGGCUGCAAAUUGGAAGGUCCGAGGGAAAAAACGAUCAGGAUGAGAGACCAAACAUUACAUUAUUUACUGCGAUCUCCGAUACAGCACUUCAGCUGCAUUGGAAUUAUACCGUACCGGUUUAUAUAGAUUCUCCGGAGUCGUUCUUGAUUUCUUUUACGAAGGCCUCCAACAAAAAGUACACACAUACAAGGCGAGUGAACGAUUCAUCUGCGAUGAUAAUUCUGAGCGACCUGGAACCCUCCUCUGAAUAUCGAGCGAUUGUCGAAGUCGAACUUGCCGACAAAAUAUCACUGCGCAGCGAACCAGCAGUAGCACGCACAAUGGGUUUCCAUUUAAUUUAUUAA